GCUCCAUCCGGGCUCUGAGCCCCCGCUGUAAUUCACGCAGUUCCCCGCGGGGUGGCAAAACCUUUUAGCAUCCACCUCAUUAAGAAAAGAGGCUGAGCAGCCUCCCUGUUCAGGCGGCCAUUCAUUCAAGAAUCAAUGAGCAUACGUUCUGGCAGCUGGAGGACUUUCUGGAAAGCGAUCACCUGUAGGCUGCUGCGCAGAAACCCCCUGCAUCUGAUCGUGUUAUUUCAGCUGUUGUUCUGCGCUCACCUUCAGUGUGCGCUCCACUAUGGACCGCAAAAGGCAUGACAGGCACAGGACGAAGCCAGAGAGAAAACCCCACAUGCUGCAGGAUGACGGAUGACAGGAGAGCUUUGCUGCAACGCCUCGAGAAGCCUCAGAUGCGAGAAGAAGGGGAGAGACUUCGGACUUUUCAGCACUGGCCCGCAGAUGCGCCUGUGACUUCUGAAGAUUUGGCCAAGGCAGGCUUUUUCUUUUUAGGCYGCAGGGAUGAAGUCCAGUGUUUCUGCUGUGGGGGGAUUUUAAGAUACUGGGUGCAGGGGGAUAGUCCAGAUGCUGAGCAUAAACGGCAUUUCCCUACUUGCAGCUUCAUACUGGGGCGAGCUGUGGGAAACGUUCCUCUCCAAAUAGCCUCCUCAGACUCUGUGGAUGGCCAGCUUUUGAGUCAGCUCCAGAGGAUGACGAUGGAUGAGCAGGGAGCAGCUGGACAAGCCGUCUAUCCAGAGAUGGAGGCAGAAGUUUCCCGGCUCACCACUUUCCAUAACUGGCCAACUGAGGCCUCGGUCCAGCCCGAUGUUCUCGCCAGAGCAGGAUUUUUCUACACAGGUCAUGGUGACAAUGUCAAAUGUUUCUACUGUGAUGGYGGGCUGAGGAACUGGGAGCCAGGAGACGACCCAUGGCAAGAGCACGCCAAAUGGUUUCCACGAUGUGAGUUCUUAAUCCAGUCGAGAGGACAGGAGUAUAUCACCAACAUACAGGAUGCUCAUUUCCAUCUGGGUGACACUGUGGGUGGCUCACAGACUUCCACUGGAGGAGAUACUGGUUCCAGAAACAGUUUGGUUGGAGGUCGGGGAGCUUCGUCCGCCAUGCUGUCUCCUGCGGUUCAAAGUGUGCUCCAGAUGGGCUUUGAGGUGAGCCUGGUGGAGAGUCUAGUCCAGACCAAGUACCUCCUGACAGGUCAGCACUACAUGUCUGUGUCUGAGCUGGUUACUGAUGUCCUGCAGGCAGAGGAGGAGGACAGACAGAGGGAGCAGAGCAACACAGCUUCAGAACCAGAGACGAGGCAGGGAUCCAGCGCUGAGAACACGAGGACACCAAUAUCAGCCCGAGAAAAAGUGAAGGAUCCCGGUCCCGAGGAGCUGCUCAGGCAGCUGCAGGAAGAGAGGACCUGUAAAGUGUGCAUGGACAAGCUGGUGUCCAUCGUUUUCAUCCCCUGUGGUCACCUGGUGGUCUGUGGUGACUGCGCYGCCAGCCUGCGUCACUGUCCCAUCUGCAGAGCCAUCAUCAGAGGCAGCGUUCGGGCGUUUUUGUCGUGAUCCUGCAGUGAAAAGCCACUCCUUUACAAACACAUCAGCUCCUGAGUUUCCACUGCCCUCAAAGAGUUCCGGCUGCUUGCCUUUGUCCUAUUUUACUAAUAAAUUUUCUAUAAUACACACUUUUGUUCCACUCAAGCAUCAUUGCCAUGGCAUUUUUUAUAAAUAUACUUACAUAAAACACAAAUACCUUAAAAAAACUUCUCRAACUCAUUAAAAGAUCACAUUCUUUUAUUAACAAACACCUAUUUACAAGAACACAAAGCACAGUUCUGGAUAGAUACAAACAGGUCACACGUGUUCGGAGCAAAACAGAAAACAAGGUUAACAUUUCUACUUAUAAGAGAGAAUUAUCUACAGAAAGAUGGACRUUUUAUUUCAGUAAACUCUAUCAAAUACACAACCAGAACUGAGAUUUUAAGAAACGUCAGUAUUGCACUGUGAGGAAGACUAGUUUUUUUUAACACUUUAGUAGAAUUUUACUACUAAUAUUGAUUAUGUCACAGUAAUGAGGUGCUUUGUUUUUCUCAUCUGCUUCGCUUACAACCARCUUGUUCAGUUCAAAUAUUGAUAUUAUUGCACCUCUCCAAAACACAUUUGACCAAUCAAAGCAGAGAAGUUUUGUGACAUCAGCCAGCAGGAGAUGAUUUUCAACAUCAGUGCAGUUUAAAAGCUGCUCGUCUGGCAGUGAAGUACGCUUUGAGGAAURUGAUACUCAGUGUGUUGGUGCAGUUAGAGAGGGGAGAAGAAAUUGAAUAGAUAACCCUGAUUUAAAUCAAGUUGGGAUGUUGUGUAAAAUGUAAAUAAAAGCAAUAUGGUUUUACAACCCAAUAAACCUCUGCCUGUAUUUACUCCUGAGAGAGUCAGACUCUUUUUAUACCACGUCCUCCUACAGAGCUUUUGCCAAAUAAUAAAGUAAUUUGUUGCAAAAUGCUCCUCCAGUUGUUUCCACUUAUUUUUACAGCCAUGUUUUGCCUCGGUCCAAGUUUUUAAAAAUGUGUUGCUGCCAUCAAAUUCAAAAUGACUUAUUUCUUAGUUUGUCUUUACCUGCUUUUCCUUUCUAGGUUGCUGGUGCUCAUGUUCAGCAGGUCGCUGUGCGAGAGGCAGAGGACACCUUGGACAUGUCUGCAGUCCAUCACAGAGACAAACAAUCAUUCACACUCUCAGCCCAGGCACAGUUUACAGUUACCAGUUUUUCUCAGUUCAAACGAUAAGUUCACCAUGUUCCAUUGUGAAUAAAAUAUGGUUURAGAUUUA